CAGAGACUCUACAGGGGACCUUGAGAAGAAACUGGAGAACCCGGAGGAAACCCACGUGAAACUUGUUGUUGUUGUUGUUGUUGUUGUUGGUAAAUAAAACAGUAAUCAGGAUUGACCAGGUGUUGAGGGAUGCAUCACCCACAGCACACUCGGUGAUCAUUAGGAUGAUGCCGACAGCCGGUAGGCUCGGACGCUGGUCAUCCGAAAAGGAUCGUUUAACCGCAAAUCAGGUUUAGGAAAAAGAAAGAAAGAAAGGAAGUCUUAUUUGGAAACUUGUUGGACGUGAGGCCACAAGAUCUCUGAAGGUGUCCUGUGGUUAUCUGGAACAGAGACGUUAGAAGCAGAUCCUGUAAUUGCGCAAGGGGACCUACACGACAUUAGGCAGGUGGGUUUAACGUUAUGGCUGAUCGGUGUAUGGUGUAUAUUAACGUAUAAUUACGCGUGGUAGUAGAUCACGAUGCGUACGAUAUGGUGUAUCGUAGAAAUGUCUUCGGGUCACACAGGAGUCAACUUCUCACGCUUCUCACGUUUCGCAUCAUUUACUGACGAAAACUGUCAGAGAGAACGAGGAUGUCAGUACCCGUGAUUGAUAUCAGUAUCAGGUUUCAGUCGAUACUCGGAGCUUUCAGAUCAGCAUCAUAUGAACAAUGGGAACUGAUAUUAAACAUUGAUAUUAAAAUGAAGCAUUAGCAGGUGUCGUGCUGUUUAAAUGGACCCUUUAAACGUAUUUACACCACAGCGCUAUUGAAUCCUCGAUUCUGAUUGGUCAGAAGGUGCAUCCCAGGUUCACACUGAUCUUACUAUAGAAAUGUUUCUUAAUUAAAUUGCAAUCGUUUCUAUAGCAACGACAGGGACUUACAUGGCAAAUGUUUAUCAGAAAUGGAUUUUAAAAUGUAUAUAUGGUGUAAGUUUCCCGCGAGGAGAUGUUUAAGUGUCCAGUGUCAGCGCGUUGGGUAACAGUCAGAGAUCUUUGAUGAUUAACAUGACACGCUGCAUUUUUGUCUUAUUACCUUUCAAGGAGAAGAAAGGAAAAAAACGGUGAUACGAAAAGGAGGAAAUAACUAGUUUCCUGGACGUUCCGCAACACAGAAAUAGAACGACGACCUGGUGUUUUUGUUCAAAACGAGCACAAACUUGUUAUUAUCGGCAAAUUGCUGUGGUGUAAGAGGAAUAAAACAAUUCACGACGUGCUGUAUUAGGAAAACAAUCGACUUCUCGCGCUUUGUGAGGGACCACGUUGAUUAUUUUCCUAUAACGCCACACCCCGAAGUGGUUUGUUUUUAUACCCACAGCAAUUUGCAGCGGUGUUUUAUUUAUUAGUAAACAAAUUUUAAAUACGUACAUCUGAACGGGAUUGGUGUCACUAGUUUAGCGAUGAGGAAAACAACAGGAGCAUAUUAAUUGCAGUUUAUCUAGAUUUCCCAGGUAGUCUUGAUGGCGUGUUGGGAAAAGACGCAGCUGUUGUGUGGUAAUGAACUCUUUCCCCGAGGGGAGUUUUUUGGGUGCGUGGGAUCGGUAGUGAUCUUUUCAUAUCUCUUCCUGGCCCUGGACCUUUUUUAAAAAAGCCUUUUUUUUUUUAAAGAUAUGCUGAUACGCUCGAAUUCCUUUGAAAUGCGUUGCUGAAUAAGCGGAAAUUUGUGGCUUUGCAGGAAUAUGAGGAUAUGACGUGAAGUUCUCAGAUGUCAGAGGAAGAGUAAUGACGGUGGUUCCCAGGAGUUUGAGCGUCCUUGAAGACACACGAGACACAUUUGACGAAGGAUGUCUUUGUCGACGUACCUCUUGAACACCAUUAACCGGAUAGUGGAGGAGCUCAGUCUGGAGGAGCGUAAGCGUUUGUCGUACCUGUGUGGACAGCUUCACACCGGGCGAUGCACCACCAACAUCAAGGAAAUCCUGCAGUCUUGCAUGGGCCAAGUGCACACAGAUGAGGCUUUUCUGAUGGAGCUGAUGCUGAGGAUGAGGCGCUAUGAUAUACUCUCUGAGGUCUUGGGCAUCAGUAAGACCGAGGCUGAACGGCUUUUGAAAAACGGCCACGCGCUUUCAGAUUACAGGGUACUAAUGGCCGAACUGAGCGAGGACGUCGGAUCGGACGAUUUGGAGUCGUUAGUUUUCUUGCUCAGAGGCACGCUGCCCAAAGAGAAGGUGGAAAAUUUUGAGUGCUUCCUGGACGUGGUCGUGGAACUGGAGAAGUUGGAUCAGAUCUCCAGCACCAGGAUGGACGUGAUGGAGAAAUACCUGAGAGCCAUCCACCGUGUCGACCUGGCCAAGAGACUCAGCCAGUACCAGAGCAGAGCUGAAAAACAAAGACCCGCCCCAGUAAAGUCGAGAGACGAGCGCCGGGCUUGUUGCGUUGCAGCGCCUCACACAUCAUCUGCAUUUCCUCCCACAUCCUGCAGUGUGAGCAAACACACCACGCCCUGCGUUAACGCCGCAGUACCGGUGUACGUCUCACCCAGCAAACCCUGUGAGCAGCGGAUGGAGGAUGUGUACCGGAUGCAGAACAAGCCUCGGGGACUGUGCGUGAUCAUAGACUGUGUGGGCAGUGAAGGAGCCCAUCUGGAGCGCUUAUUCUCGAGCCUUCACUUCACCGUGAGCCUCCACAUGCUGCUGAGCGCCAGAGAAGUCCUUACCUGCCUGCAGGACAUCUCCAGACACACCGAGCACUGCAGAAUGGACGCCUUCGUCUGCUGCAUCAUCAGCCGUUUCGACUCGUUCCAGCUGCUCGGUACCGACUCGUACGGUCCGGGACUCGACCUGAACAGCGUCCGUCGAUACUUCAUGCCUGACUCCUGCCCGGGACUGACCGGAAAACCCAAACUCUUCUUCAUCCAAGGCUAUGAAAUGUCCGAGUCGUCGAAGCCCACAGGGUUCUGCGAUAACGAGGACGGAGAGCUGGAGACGGACAGCCCUGCCCAUCAUCACCGCAGGUUGGAAGACAUCCCGGGGGACGCAGACGUCUUCUGGAGUCACUGCUGGACCAACGAGAAGCAGCUUGAGGACGUUAACCAUCAGUCGGUUUAUUUACAGUCCCUGAAAGAGGCCCUGGUCGAUGGACAGGAGAGGAGGAUUCAUCUGGUGGACCUUCAUAUGGCGGUGAACCGAGCGGUUUACGCUCAUAACCACAACCAUCCAGGAUCGGCGUAUCACAUCAACCUCAGACACACGCUACGGAAAAACGUCUAUCUCUCAUGAGUCUCAAAUCCACCUGACAAGCCUCUGUACACUCCUGGUUCAAAGGAAAUAUAAUAUCAGGCAGUUAAAGGUCUUAACAACAAAUGAUCGAUCAGGACGUUAGCAAGAAUUAAACUAAUGUAGUCCUGAGGCCUCCUGUGCCACCGUUUGCUCGAAAUGGAAAAGCUAGAAACAGGGAGAUUCACUUAUAUAGCCUUCUUGUAAAAAAAGGUAAUAAUCAUGCUUUAUUAAUCACGUAUACGUUACAGCAGAGUGAAAGUCUUUUCUGCGCAUACCCCAGCGGGUUAGGAAGUUGGGGUCAGAGAUGAUAUGGCGCCCCCUGGAGCAGACAGGGUUAAAGGCCUUGCUCAAGGGCUCAACAGCGGCAGCUUGGCAGUGCCGGGGCUUGAACCCCCGACCUUCCGAUCAGUAACCCAGAGUCUUAACCGCCACGCCUCCACUGCCCUAUAUCAUGAAAUUCAUGAUGAUGAUUCAAAUGUUUGAUGUACAAUUCAAACUAGAAUUUUUACUAUAAUAAAGUAAAACUAAAAUAAAAAGCUGUCCGCAAGUUUACCCACAAGGCUUAAACGUAUAAAGAAACCAAAGGGGAAAACUAUCCCAUACUAAGUUACUUCAUCUAUUUGUUUAAUUCUUACUCAUUUCCCGACCAAUGAUUUGUUGUUAACAACAUUUGCCAUUUUCAGAUUGGCCCAUUUAAAAAAAUAUAUAUUUUUUUUGCCCAGGAGUGUAGUAUUUUUAUUUUAUUUUAAGACCAAAACACAGAUUGUUAUUGUGUUCAGUGCAGCUUGGGUUAAUUGUAUCAAUUAGGGUAUAAGCUAUUCGACUAGUCCGGUGAUCAUGAAGUGUCUCAUAUCCACACGGGGGCAGCAACGGCAUUAAAUGAAGUAUUGACGUUAUUCCUGAACAUUUCAACCAAGCAAUGCUAGCUUGUGAAGUUUAAUCUUAAUUAAUCGUACAGCAUAUGUUAUUAACGCAUGUGUAUAUAUAUAUAUAUAUAUAUAUAUAUAUUUACAUUUAAUUAAUUUAUUUAUUUUUUAACACUUUUUAAAAAAAUAAUAAUAAUAACAUGACAUUGUUAGAAGAUCUUCUGUGCGAAGCCAUGAGUAUCUUCUCGUCUGAACAUGACGUUCAUACACAUUGCUCAGCGCUUCUUUUGUUUUCCCCUGAAGUGCAUGUAUUUGAUUGUGUUAAAAAUAAUACCGUAUAACAAUUCACUAGCUUAUUGAUUAUAGAUUACGGUGUGAUUUCUUUCUCACAGGUAGCUUCAUUUGUGAUUUCUACGCAUUUCAGCUCUGUAGUGUUCUACUGGCUUCAUGUCAUGUUUCCUCCAAAUACCAAACAAACACAGUAAUAAAUAAAUCAUUAAUAAAGA